AUGUCUCGCACUUCAAGUGGCAAGCUCGACACCGAUCGCGCUGAGAUGGAACAUAUCCAACCAGCCAUGAGCAUCCCUCUCUCCCCUGAAAUGUUCGAACAGCUAUACCUCCAACCCCAGAAUAGAGUCAAGGGGGAUCUCCGCAAGACGUUUGGCAAUCCAACACCAGUUGCGUUGGCCGGCUUUUUACUUUGUACCACUCCAGCAUCCAUGGCAUUGCUGAACUGGCAAGGCGCAGGCGGGUUCGCUGCGGCGGCGGUCGUCGGUGUCUACUUUGGUAUCGGUGGUCUUCUUCUUGUCUUGGGAGGCCUCGGUGAAUGGAUUCUUGGAAACACGUUCCCAUCCACGAUCUUCUUUACAUUCGGUGGCUUCUGGCUGGCCUUUGGUACAACCGUCGUCCCUGGUUCUGGCGCGUACAGCACAUAUUCGACAACCGGCACUGCCGCAGAUGGACUCAAGGAACCCUCUUUCUAUGCGACCUUUGCCUUUUUCCUCGUUGCAAUGACCAUUCUGUGCGCUGUCUAUUGUGUCGCCAGUAUAAGAACUAACGUUGCUCUCUUUACUAUCCUUGCUCUUCUUGUCCCAUGCUUCAGCUGUCUUUCAGCUUCUUUCUUUGCUGUUGCACAGGGAAACACAAGUCGCGCACUACAGUACCAGCACGUCGGUGCGGGAUUACUCCUCGCGGUUACAUUUAUCGGGUGGUAUAUGCUGACUUCGAUCCUGCUCUUGUCGGUCGAUUUCCCAAUCAUGCUGCCGCUUGGGGAUUUGUCCACCAUCAUCCGUGGUCGCACUGAGACGAAGCCAAUCAGCAAGGGUGUCUAG